GGAGAGAGAUAGAUUGAUAACAACAUACAAGCAAGAGCCAGAAAAGGAAGAUUUAACUAGAGAGAUAUGGAAAUAUACAAUAAACAUGGGGAAUAAAUGGAGUGAAGACAGCUACAUGGAUAGGGGGAAGAGGAUAAGGGCGUAGCAGUUAGAUGCUAAAAGGGGCAUUGGAAAGGAAAGCCAUACUACACAUAGAGGGAGCUUAUUGAGGAAACCAGGCACAAAUAAAGGACAUUAAAGGGCUACUUAGUAGCAUAAGAACAGAGAAACUGAUUGAUAUACACACGUUUUAAUAGAGGAAAGGAGCCAGAUAUAGAGGAAAGCAUAUCAGCAGAAAUGGUAAGCGGGGUAGAGAUACACACUAUACAUACACUGAGCAAUACCACAGGAUAGAGGAGCAGAGAGAGGAAUUCACGGAGAGAGAGGUGCAUACAGUGAAAAAAAGCCGCGAAGGGGGAGGGUUGGCGGAGAGGCAAUAAGAUAAAUUAGAUAGGGAGGGAGGAGGAAUACUGAGAAAUAAGGGUAUGGAAGAAAGAGGAAAAUACAUAGCGGUAAAAUAGAGUGGCGAGAGGCAGGCGGCACGGAAUAGGAAAACCCAAGUAAGAGGCAUGGAGAUGGACAGACUGCAGGACAUGGAGGAAUCCUCGGACUCCGACCCCGUCUGCGGGGAAAUCCCAGCCACCAGAGUUGAAUUGACUGUAUCCUGCAGGAAUCUGCUGGAUAAAGACACAUUUUCAAAAUCAGACCCCAUGUGUGUCAUGUACACUCAAGGUGUUGAGAGUAAGCAAUGGAGAGAGUUUGGACGUACUGAGGUGAUCGAUAAUUCCCUUAACCCGGAUUUUGUUCGAAAGUUCAUCUUGGACUAUUUCUUUGAGGAGAAGCAAAAUCUGCGAUUUGACCUAUAUGAUGUUGACUCAAAGAGCCCUGACCUUUCUAAACAUCAGGAUUUCCUUGGUCAAUGCUUCUGCACAUUGGGGGAGAUUGUUGGUUCUCCCGGAAGUCGUUUAGAGAAACCAUUAAUAAUCGGACACAAUGUCCUCAAUUCCAGAACAUGGAAGCCUGUACCAGCAAUGUCUAAUGGAGGAAUUCAAAGUAAGAAGUGUGGUGUCAUCAUCAUAUCUGCCGAAGAGCUUGGUAACUGCAGGGAUGUUGCAACUAUGCAGUUUUGCGGAAAUAAGCUGGAUAAGAAAGAUUUUUUUGGAAAAUCGGACCCUUUCAUGGUGUUUUAUAGAAGUAACGAGGAUGGGACGUUCACCAUCUGCCACAAGACAGAAGUUGUUAAGAAUACCCUUAGUCCUGCGUGGCAACAAUUUUCUAUCCCAGUGAGAGGUCUGUGCAAUGGGGACUAUGACAGGACAAUAAAGGUGGAGAUAUAUGACUGGGACAGAGAUGGAAGCCAUGAUUUCAUCGGUGAAUUCAGCACCAGUUACCGGGAAAUGUCCAAAGGCCAAAGUCAGUUUAAUAUGUAUGAGGUGAUUAAUCCAAGAAAGAAAAUGAAGAAGAAAAAAUAUGUAAAUUCAGGCACGGUCACGCUUUUGUCUUUUUCUGUUGAGUCUGAGCACACUUUUUUGGAUUACAUCAAAGGAGGAACACAGAUUAAUUUCACCGUUGCCAUUGACUUCACAGCAUCAAAUGGUAACCCCUCUCAGUCCACCUCUCUUCAUUAUAUGAACCCAUAUCAACUGAAUGCCUAUGCUCUUGCACUGAAGGCUGUAGGGGAGAUUAUACAGGAUUAUGACAGUGACAAACGCUUCCCGGCACUUGGAUUUGGGGCAAAGCUCCCCCCAGAUGGGAGAGUGUCCCAUGAAUUCCCCCUGAAUGGAAAUGUGGAGAACCCACAGUGUAAUGGAAUUGAGGGAAUUUUAGAGGCUUAUCACAAGAGCUUGAAAUCUGUGCAGCUUUAUGGCCCUACAAACUUUGCUCCUGUGGUGAACAGAGUAGCCAGGUUUGCUGCUGCUGUCCAGGAUGGGUCUCAGUAUUUUGUCCUCCUGAUUAUCACAGAUGGUGUCAUCUCUGACAUGUCACAAACAAAAGAGGCCAUUGUUAAUGCAGCUAAACUACCGAUGUCUAUAAUAAUUGUUGGUGUAGGCCAAGCAGAGUUUGAUGCCAUGGUGGAAUUAGAUGGUGAUGAUAUCAGAAUCUCAUCACGAGGAAAACUUGCAGAAAGAGAUAUUGUACAGUUUGUGCCCUUCCGGGAUUAUGUUGACCGUACAGGGAAUCAUGUACUUAGCAUGGCACGCCUUGCAAAAGAUGUCCUUGCUGAAAUCCCAGAUCAGCUGAUUUCUUACAUGAAGAGUCGAGGUAUCAAACCCAGUUCUGCCCCUCCUCCAUACACUCCACCAGGACUUCAGUCUCAAAUCUGAUGGUGUGGGUAACUGAAGGAAUCAACACAUCAUGUUGUACAACACUGAGCAGAAGCUGUGCCAUUACGCUGACUGGGACCCUGGGAAGAAUUCCACAUGUUCUGGCUGCCAAUUGGCUACCUCGGCGUUACCUUGCCUACAUUUUGUCCCUCUUUCUUAUCCAGUUGAUGGUGGGAUACAGGGAUAGAAUGAAUUGUCUUGUAGGCUUGAGGACAGAGAACUUCAAAUAUUAAACGGGUUAAGAACUGGUGGAUGACCUAAUAUCUUCCCUAUUGUCAUUACACAAUGUUAGAUUGUAAUUAACAAUAUAUUUUAUUUGUAACUAAUGAAUUUUUUGCUCUAGGUAAGGUUAUGAUUUAUUUAGGCAGUUCUAACUUUUUAAAAGGAUUUAAUAUACUAUAUGUGGGCAAAAAUUCCAUUAUACUGUGGAUGGUGUGACAGAAAUUCAAUAUGGUCUUUGUUUUCAAUCCAUCCUACUUAUCCAUGAGAUGAUGUUAUCAAUUCAUUAGCAUAUAACAAUUCAUAAACUUACAAUGCAAGACUGGUCUUCCUAGUGGUUAGCAUGACACUGUGCUGUGAUUAUGGGCCCCAUGCAUGCUGGUGCCACAUCAUGUGACCCACCAUAUUUGUUCUUUCUUAUUUAUUAAGGGUUGGUGGAAGACGAUAGCCAAGAUUUUUUACACAGUGAUAUUAUGUUGAUUUUAUAAAUGCAAGUGAAGAAACAGUUAUUUUUUAAUGGGAGAAAACAGAAGACAUAACCUGUUUUCCUACAGUAUUUA